AUGAGGCUCGGAGACGAUUUUGAUUGGCUAGGAGUUGGCUUGGAAACCAUUCUGCAAAUUAGGUGGAUCCGGAGAUUAGAGAACCUUAUUCUAGUUCCACUAGCAAUAGGAGAUAGAUGGUGUAGUCAUCCCAAUCAUAGUUUUUCAACCAAACCAGGAGCACCAGGAUUUGAUAUUGAGGGGUCUCUGUAUUGGGCAGCAAUUCUUCAGCUUCCAUAUGAUCCAUUAGAUGAGUAUGCUGAGAGUGUGGUUGUGCGAACCUGUAACCAAGAUGGAGUAAUUACUGAAGAGGAAGACGACAGUCAGUGCUACUACGAAUGCAGGUUUGGUCCCUGUAUUGCUGUAGAGAAGGAUUUAAGGGAAUUUUCUAUUUGUGGACGCUGCCAGGAAGCAAGAUACUGUGGCGCGGCAUGUCAGCAACGUGACUGGAGUAAUCACAAGCGCAUUUGCCGCGAGAAACGACGCGCUUUCCCGCUUAUUUUCACAGAAGCUGAACCAGACAGAUAAUGCGGGAAUAGAAAUUUGAGAAAAUCCGCAAUCUAGUUUUAUCGGAAGGAAGCACAACUAUA